AUGGCCCGUAAGCGCAAGAGCGUAGCUAGUUCUGUUGACUUGUGCCCGCGGGAUCUCGACGAGAUCCCGUACAUCGCUUGGAUGAACAAACAAAUCGCGGCCGGCCGCAAGCCCGCCGGCCCUUUGCCCGAAGGAGCGCCUGGUGCGGGGGACACCUCGUUCGAAGCCCCGCGCGAUGUCCCUACCCGCGGACGCCGUCAUGCCGACCGGGUUGCCUCAUCCCGCGUCAACGACGAUGCUGCCUUCGAUGACGAUGAUGACGCCGCGGACUCUGAUUACAACGAGUGCGACGAGGCCUGCGAAGACGACGCGGACUCUGGCGAGGAGCAGGACAAGGGCAUGUCCCCCUCCGAGGAUGAAGUUGACGCCGACGAGGACGCCGAUGACGACGAGGACGCUCCCGAAGAGGCCCAGCCUGCGUCCCCGGCUCCUCGUCGCGGCCGUGCGUCUGCCGCUGCGGGAACCAAGACUGCUGCUAAGGGCGGGGAACCUCCGCGUGCCGCUGCCAAGACCCGUAACUUGCAUCCUGUUAAGCGGAGCGUGUGGUCCCCCCGCGAGAACACAAUCUUCGUGGCUGCGCGUUGGUUCAUGAAGGACGAGCUCGGGCCCCUCCUCGGGAAGCAGGGCUCUCAGUACUGGGCUCGCCUCGCGCGUCACCUCGAGAAGGAGAAUCCCGGUUGGGUGUGCGGUGUAAACGCGCUUCAGAAGCAGUGGCGCAAUCUUGUGAACAUGUACAAGCAGAUCAAGAAGGGGGAAAAGGCGAGCGGCAAGGGUGCCGUGUGCAAGCCCCACUGGUACCCGUACAUGGCGCUUUUCCAGAACAACAAGGCGGUGGGCAACCCUCACGCCGUCGACGGUGGCGGUGCAGCACACGUCAACGUGCCGCUCGAAGGCCUCGUCCGCGCGUGGAUGGAUCAGGACGCGCGUAUUGCUCGGGAACGCGUGCAGCAGCCCGCACCCUCCCCGCAUGUCCGCGACGACAUCCCUGCCCACGCGGACAACAUGACCGACUCGCACGCCGCCGAAGGCGGCGACGACGGCUGGCUUCGUCGCGGGCAGGCGGGCGAAGACCCCUCUAACCCAGAUGCGGGUGAGGAGGUGUGGGUCCGCGGCGCCGCCGAGUGA